CCCAGUGCCAGUCACAACAGGACUGGGAGCCUCGCUUUAAUGCACCUACUACAACAUGGCUGCGUACACGCAUCUCUACAACUCUCUCAUCUGCCUGGUGCUCUCGCUGACAGCGACUGCGGGCAAUGAGGGCUAUUUUCCGGAGGAAAAACUGGCGUCGGAGUCGGCUCUACAACGACCCAAGGUUCUACUGGCUAUUAUCGCCCGGAACGCGGCACACACGUUGCCCCAUUAUCUAGGCUGCAUCGACCGGCUGGACUACCCGAAAGACCGUAUCGCUCUCUGGGCCGCCACAGAUCACAACAUUGACAACACAACAGCUGUGCUGCGGGAGUGGUUAAAAAAUGUACAACAAUUUUACCACUACGUGGAGUGGAGACCUCUGGAUCAACCCACGUACUACGCUGAUGAAAUAAGCCCCAAACACUGGACCGGUUCCAGGUUCUCACAUGUAAUGAAACUCAGGCAAAUGGCCCUGAAAACUGCAAGGGAGAAGUGGGCUGACUACAUCCUGUUUGUGGAUACAGACAACUUUCUGACAAAUGAGCAGACACUAAAUAUGAUGAUUGCUGAAAAUUUGACUGUGGUUGCUCCCAUGCUGGACUCGAGCACAUUAUACUCCAAUUUCUGGUGUGGUAUGACACCGCAAGGUUACUACAAGCGGACUCCUGAUUACGUUCCAAUCCGCGAGUGGAAGCGUUUGGGUUGUUAUCCCGUCCCCAUGGUGCAUUCCACGUUCCUCAUUGAUCUCCGCAGGGAAGCGACAAAAAACCUGGCGUUCUUUCCUCCUCAUCCAGACUACACUUGGGCAUUUGAUGACAUCAUUGUUUUCUCAUUUUCCUGCAAAAUGUCUGGCAUCCAGAUGCACAUAUGCAACAGAGAACUCUAUGGCUACCUGCCAGUGCCCCUGAAGGCCCAGCAAUACUUGGAAGAGGAUGUCGAAACCUUUGUCCACAUUCUGCUUGAGAGAAUGAUUGAUCAUCCCCCUAUGGAGCCUUCUGUGUAUGUGUCCAUGCCUCCUAGGCACCCAGACAAAAUGGUAUUUGAUGAGAUCUUCAUGAUAAAUCUCAAGCGCAGAAAGGACAGGAGGGACCGAAUGCUACGGACACUCUAUGAACAGGACAUUGAUACCAAGUUAGUCGAUGCAGUGGACGGGAAAGCUCUCAAUACAAGUCACCUGAAAGCACUUAACAUUGAAAUGCUACCAGGCUACCAUGAUCCAUAUUCAGGCCGAAUACUUACACGGGGAGAAAUUGGCUGCUUCCUGAGCCAUUAUUACAUCUGGAAAGAGGUCAUCGACCGAGGGCUGAAGAAAGCUCUAGUCCUGGAAGACGAUAAUAGAUUUAAACCACACUUUAGAAGAAAGAUAACAAAGCUGAUGGAAGAUAUUGAGGAUAACCAGCUGGAUUGGGAUCUCAUCUACAUUGGCCGGAAGAGAAUGCAAGUGGAGCACCCGGAGAAGUCGGUGCCCGGCAUUAUGAACCUUGUGGAAGCAGAUUAUUCCUACUGGACAUUGGCUUAUGUUAUAUCCCAGCAAGGAGCCGAAAAACUUCUCGCAGCAGAACCACUUGGGAAGAUGUUGCCUGUGGAUGAAUUUCUGCCCAUCAUGUACGAUAAACAUCCCAUAGAAGAUUAUAAGAAGUUCUAUGAACCUCGUGAUUUGAAAGCCUUUUCAGUGGAGCCACUGCUGAUUUUCCCGACACACUACACUGGAGAACCAGGUUACGUCAGUGAUACUGAAACCUCCGUAAUCUGGGACAAUGAUGAGAUCGCGACAGACUGGAACCGCAAACUCUCCAAAAAGACAAAAGAGCAGGGCGAGAUUGGUACUGAAGCUCAGAACACUGAGGCACUGCAGCCCCAGUCCCCCAUCGGCACAGACUCUCGAGAUGAACUUUGACGCGCCUUUGCACUGGCUGGCUCUGAUCAGCGAUCAGAGUCAACAUCUCCCUGUCAUUUGGUUAAAGUGCCUUCUGGAAGGCAGCUAAAACAAUAUCUAAUGUGACAAAAUUGACUGAAUGCAGUGAUACAGCAGCAGUUAAUUUUAGUGGCUAAUUAUUAAUUAAUAUUGAAUAUGUUGAUUAUUUUGAAAGUGAUUACUUUUCCCCCCAUUUUCUCUGUCUUUGCAUUGCAUCUCACCUAUUACAUAAUACCCACUACCUUUAGGAAAAGGGAUGUUGGGCGUGGAAUGUUUGCUGUGUUAUCCAAGGGAUAGCAUGUGUUUCUGCCAUUGUGCAACAUCACGUUGAUAUCUGCCCGUAGAGGAUACAAAUUUAUAGUUGCACUCUGGUGUAGGAUAUGAGCAGUGCUCAUCACAGAAUGGCUAAUUAUUCAACUAUUGCUAAACUAAUAAGGGCUAAAUGUUCAAACUGCUGUUAUAUCAAAGAGCAUUUUAGUGCCUCAAAUCAAUAUUCAGAGUAAUUCUGCUGGUACGGAUUUCCUAUAAAUGCUACUGUUUAUUCAGAUGUGUUACUUUAAAUAACAAUAUUUGUUUGUGUGUGUGUGUUCUUAUUUAUUUUUCCCCUCUUUAGAGGAAAAGCUUGCUUGCAAUCUUACUCUGUUGUGUGGAUGUCAACUGUCCAGAAGUGUAACCUCAUCUUCGUUCUUAUUUCUGGCUGUCUUCUGAAAACAACACAAAGCUGUUCAGUUUCAUUUUCUGCCCAACUGAUAAGUGAAGAUCAAGGUUCACUUUUCCUGACUGGGACAUGAGUAUCCUCUGAUAAUCAAAAUGAUGCCAUUUUGUGAAAGCAAAUCAAGACAUUUGCAGACACUGCAACACACACAAAAUGCUGGAAGAACUCAGCAGGCCAGGCAGCAUCUAUGGAAGAGAAUACAAUCGACGUUUUGGGCUAGAAUUCUUCCGUAGGACCGAUUUUUCCAAAGAUGCUACCUGACCUGCUGAGUUCCUCCAGCAUUUUGUGUGUAUUGCUCAGAUUUCCAGCAUCUGCAGAUUUUCUCUUGUUUGCGUUUUUGCAAACGCUGGUUUCGUUUUUAUUUCAGAUUUUCAACAUCUGCAAAUUUCUUGAUUUACUUUCACUAAAUGGCAUAAUUUUGAUUAUCAGAUAAAAAUUUUUUAAAAACCCUCAGUGGGUCAGGCCACAUCUAUGAAAAGUGAAACAAAUUUAAUGUUCUAGACCAAAGACCUGAAAUGCUGAGAGCGCAAGAAAAUAAAAGCAGGAGUAGGCCAUUUAUCACCUCAGGCCUCCCCUGCCAUUCAGUAUAAUUAUGACAGAUAUACUUCAGCUCUCAUCUCCCUGUCCUCAGUUCUCCAAUUUUUCUAAAAAAUAUCUACAUUGCUUUUGAAUUCCUCCCAUUGAUCUAGCUACUACAAAUGUCCGGGGUAAAGAGUUCAAGAGAUUUACCGACCUCUGCAAGAAACUCCUGCCUGCCUCAGUUUUAAACUGCUAUGCCUCCUGCCCCCCCCCCCCCCCACCAAUUUUGUACCUAUGUCUCCUCAUUUGAAAUUCUCCCAAAACAGGUCAUCCCCAGUUUACUUAUGGGCAAACUGUUGACUGAGUGUUUGACAGAUCAUCAGGAUGGAUGGGAAUGGAUUUGCCAACUGCUGCAGGUGGGACAUGUUCUAUCAGGUGGGAAUGAGGCACUUCCAUGGGCCUUCUCUCCACUAUCCACCCACCCUCAACUGAGCCACAACAAGCGGUGACCAUCAGACAUAGGGGCAGGCUUCAGCCAUUUGGGUCAUCGGGGGUUGGUUUGAGCUGGGCAGAGCUGAGAGCAGACUGGCUAGAUCACUCACUGAGUCAGUAAGGCCAACUUGCAGUCACUCUUCUUGUGCCUGCUCGCUCUCUGAAUUGAAUUGAAUUCAAUUUAGUAUUGAAUUGAAUUGACUUUAUUACUUAACAUUGUUCAUAUACACGAGGAGUAAAAAUCUUUACAUUAGGUCUCUGUCUAUAUAUGUAAUGUGCAAUUUAUAGUAAUUUAUAAUAAAUACUAUAUAUGACAGGAUAAUCAAUAUAACAUAUAAAUACAGCUGUGUCAGCAUGGCCUGGUGGAAGAUGUUGUCCUGGAGCCUGUUGGUCCUGGCUUUUAUGCUGCGGUAACAUUUCCUGGAUGGUAGCAUCUGGAACAGUUUGUUGUUGGGGUGAUAGGUCCCCAAUGAUCCUUAGAGCCCUUUUUACACAUCCGUCCUUGUAAAUGUCCUGAAUCAUGGGAAAUUCACAUCUACAGAUGUGCUGGACUGUCUGCACCAUUCUCUGCAGAGUCCUGUGAUUGAGGGAAGUACAGUUCCCAUACCAGGCAGUGAUGCAGCCAGUCAGGAUGCUCUUAAUUGUGGCUCUAUAGAAAGUUCUUGGGAUUUGGGGGCCCAUACCAUACUUUUUCUACUGUCUGAGGUGAAAGAGGUGCUGUUGUGCCUUUUUCACCACACAACUGGUAAGUACAGACAAUGUGAAAUCCUUGGUUAUGUCUAUGCCAAGGAACUUAAAGCUGUUCAUCCUCUCAACCCCAGGUUCAUUGAUGUCAACAGGGGCUGUGAUCCUGUGAUUCUGUGAUCCUCUCCCACACAUGGUUUCUAUUCAUUGGACAGUCUGGGCCAUGGACAGUUCUCAGGAACAGAACCUGUCAUGCUCUGGGGACGAACUGUAGUGCAAACAGCUCGACUUCUACCCUGUCAUGCCCGCUCAGGAGUUUAUUUGUUUCCAUAAGAUCACCCUUGUUCUCUUAAACUCCAAAGAAUACUGAUUUAAUAUCUUUAGUGGCCAUGGUAGAACAAUUCUCUCAUCCCAGAACUUAAACCAGUGCAUCUUAUUUUGGACAGUGUCCAAUGCCAUUCAUAUGUUUUCAUACAUAAGGGACCUAAAGUGUGCACAGUAGUCCUGGUUAGCCUCCUCAGUAUGGGUAACAAUACUUCCCGAUUUCUAUACUCCAACCCUCUAGCAAUGAAGACCAAUAUACCAUUUGCCUUCCAAACCAUUUACUGCACCUGCCUGCUACCUUUUGGUGACCGAUGUACGAGAUUAUUCAGAUUCCUCCCAAUGAAUUGUAUAACCUCCCUCUUAAUCACGAUAUAUUAUUUACACAGAAGCUCUUACCCAAUCACUCGAUCUAUUUAUAUCCUGUUGCAGAGCCCAAAUAUCCUCACCAUAAAAUGGCCUCCAACUUAUUUGUGUUGAUCAUCUCAUUUAACCAUUAAGAUUUCUCCAAAGCAAUCAAAAUGUAUCCUCUACCCCCUCCUCCAGGCCAAUAAUAUAAAUCAUAAUAUAAUUGAGGACCAUGAAAUUAUUCCUGGAAUACUCCUCUAACUAUAUCCUAUCAUCCCAAAGAAGGCCAAUCUAUUCUGUAUUUGUAUUCAAUGCGAUAAACAAUUUUAAAUUUAUACUUAAAAAUGCAAACACGAGGAAAUCUGCAGAUGCUGGAAUUUCAAGCAACACACAUUAAAGUUGCUGGUGAAUGCAA